AUGUCGACGGGCUCACACCAUGAGAAUAAGGAUCUUCAUUACUCAGAGAAAGCAAGUACCGCAGAACAACAGAAGCAUGCUGGUAGGACCUGUGAGUUAAUAUGUCCUUCUAAUCUUGGAAACCUUCCUGAAUAG